AUGAGCAAUCAACUCCUUCCCCGACAACACGGGACUCGCCGACGAUACUACACUCCAGAGGAGGUGGCGGCACAUAAUUCUGCAACCGAUGCUUGGGUUACGGUGUUUUUCAAAGUAUUCAAUCUGACUGACCUGAUCACCACCAAUCGAGAUACGAUGACGCAAGCAUUGAUUUGUAACGCGGGGCGAGAUGUCUCUCAUUGGUUUGAUGGCAAGACAAUGGAAGUAAAAUCAUAUUACAGUGAGGAUUUCGGAAUCGUCCGCCCAUAUGUGCCUAUGGGUCGCUUUCUACAUGUGUCUCCAUCAGGACCAGCAUCAAAUUGGUCGACUGAGCUUCCUCAAGAUCUGCCCUGGUGGAAGGACAAGCAGUAUAUCAUUGGGAACAUGUCGCAACGAGUCCGCAAACUAAGAAUCGUUAACGUGCUAACACAACAGUCUGACAUCCUAAGUGUUUGCAGUGAAGAAACGAUGGAAGAAAUUCAAGCACGGUACAUGGAAUACAACGCGCAUGCCACCUGUUACACGUGGAAACAGCUAAAAGAUGAAAAUUUUGUCAAGAUCGAUAUGCAGAAAACACUAGAUCAAAUAGGCAUGCCCGAUGAAAGUGGACUGUUCGAAAGCAUGGGCAUCGACGAAGACCAAUACAUGCCAAUAGUACAUGUGUACUUUAAUGAUGACUUGACAUACAAUUGA